UUUUCCCAUUUUCCCCAGGUUUCCAAGCAGGAAGAAUUCCUCUCGCUGUCCCACUGCCAGCUGGCCACUCUGGUGAGCCGCGACGAGCUCAACGUCCGCUGCGAGUCCGAAGUCUUCCAGGCUUGCGUUUCUUGGGUCCAGCAGGACCGGGGGGCUCGGGCUCCUUUCCUCCCCGCUCUCCUCCGCGCCGUCCGCUGCCACGCUCUCACCCCUCGCUUCCUCCGCGCCCAACUCCGCCGCCGCCGCGACCUCGGCCGCGACGCCCUGCGCUACCUGGCGCGCGUUUUCCGCGAUCUGGCUCUGCACAAACCCUCCGGGGAUCCCCCCGGCCGCUGCCCAAAGGUCCGGCAGCUGAUUUACGCCGCCGGGGGUUACCUGAGGAGAUCCCUCAGCACCUUGGAGGCUUUCGACCCCCAGGAGGGCUCGUGGGUGAGGUUGGCGGAGCUGGAGACGCCGCGCUCGGGGUUGGGGGGCUGCGCGGUCGGGGGGUUGUUUUACGCCGUGGGGGGGAGGAAUAACUCCCCCGAGGGCAACACGGACUCGGCCGCCGUGGAUUGUUAUAACCCCCUCAGCGGGAGGUGGUCGCCCUGCGCCCCCAUGAGCGUCCCCCGCAACAGGAUCGGGGUGGGCGUCAUCGACGGACUCAUCUACGCCGUGGGGGGGUCCCACGGGUGCACGCAUCACUGCUCGGUGGAGAG